CGCGGAGCUCCGGAGCAGCCGGCACCACCCCCCGCCCCGGCACCCCACCAUGAGCAACCUCAACAAGGACACCGAGCACACCAACAGCGGCGGCACCGUCGAGGAGGAGGUACGGACGCUGUUUGUCAGUGGCCUUCCUGUGGAUAUCAAACCCAGAGAGCUCUACCUUCUCUUCCGACCAUUCAAGGGUUAUGAAGGGUCACUGAUCAAGCUGACUUCAAAGCAGCCAGUGGGUUUUGUGACCUUUGACAGCCGGGCUGGUGCUGAAGCAGCGAAGAACGCCUUGAAUGGCAUCCGCUUUGACCCUGAGAACCCCCAGACCUUGCGGUUAGAAUUCGCUAAAGCCAACACAAAGAUGGCCAAGAGCAAGCUGAUGGCCACACCGAACCCCACCAAUAUCCACCCUGCACUGGGCGCACAUUUCAUUGCACGGGACCCCUAUGACCUGACUGGAGCGGCUCUGAUCCCAGCGUCCCCGGAGGCGUGGGCUCCCUACCCGCUGUACACCACGGAGCUGACCCCUGCCAUCCCCCACGCUGCCUUCACCUACCCGGCAGCUGCUGCUGCAGCCGCCGCUCUUCACGCUCAGAUGCGCUGGUAUCCGCCCUCUGAAGCUACCCAGCAAGGAUGGAAGUCUCGUCAGUUUUGUUAGUUUGUUAUGUCUCUUCUCGGCCUGUGUUCCUCCUCCCUGCCCUCCGCAGAGGGAUGUGCCAGGGACGAUGGCUCCGGCUCCUCUGGAUUUGGUAUGUGGCCAGCGGACCCUGCGCCUGGCCCCACCACGCUGCCCCCGGGCCUGCCAGCACCCCUUUCCCUGGACUGUGAAGCCAUUGUGGCCUCAGCCAUGGGCUGUGCCUCCGUCCCUCUCUCCAUCCAUCCCUCUGUCCCUCCCCAAGCCAUCCCCAGGACCUCCUCCCUGGCUGAGCUUUGCCAUCUGGCUGCACUGAAACCCAGCUGGGGGGAAGGUCCUGGGCUUCCCCGGGCUCGCCCUGCCCCGGGGGCAGCUCGGCCGAAGGAAUCGAAAGGCAAAGUGGGUUUUGCAUGUUUUCUGGCAUGAAUUAAAACACUUAACUUGUGUCUGUGUGAGUGUAAGUUUGUUUGUUCUAGCGUUUGUGUAACCGUUAGCAACAGGUCUUGGCCCAGCGGAUUGAUCCAUCAAGGUUUUCCUCUUACUUCGGUGAAGACUUGGCUUUGAGAAAUACUAACUGUCCUUGUCUCACCCCUUUUCCCACCUCCACCCUCCCCUCCCCAGGAUGACCAGAAAAAUUUGAAAAAUGCUUUUUUUUUCUUUUUUUCUUCUU